CAUUUAUUAUAUUGAAUUAAUAUUGGUUAAUUUUAUAAUUUCAUUGUAUAUUAACUAUACUGAGUUCAAUUAAAACUACUCAACAACGAUGUAUUAUUUGUUGAAGUUAUUUUUCGGCCACACAACGUGUGUUUAUGUUGUUGCCUCAGAAACCAGAUUACAAAUUGCUUUAGCAUGUGGCGGUAACCAUGGCAAUGGCUAGCUUAUAGCUAUUACGCUCAUAUCUUUGGCUGUCAAUCAUAACAUUAUAUUAAAAAUGAAUUUUUGGGUCGUUUGACUUGACAAAUGAGUUUUGGUCGAGUGAAAAUUUUCAACAAAUAAAAUGAUUUUUAGUUUAGUUUUGGCUAAAUAAAAAAAACGAUCGAGUGCACGCGCGCCUUUGAGCUGGCCGAGCUGUGGAUGCAUUCGAGGCAGGCAGGAAGACGUGUUUGGUUAUCGUGCCAUAAAGUCUUGCGACUUGAACGUAGUUUUAAAUUUCCUUUUUAAAACCCAAUUGCGUUCUGUUCUACCCCUUUUUGUUGUUCAGGAAAGCAAUAACCCGUCUUGUGUAAACGUCCCUGGUGUCUGUAAACAGUCGUGCGAUCAAUCAUGCGUGUUUAACAUGCGGUACAUUUGUUGAAUGAUGAUGAUGAUGGGGGCGGAUACUCUCUCCACUUCUUAGAUUUGCUCUCUCUCUCUCUCUCUCUCUCUCUCUCUCUCUCUCUCUCUCUCCUGCACAAAGUUGCGCUCCUGUGAACAUAACGCUACUUCAAUGCACAGCUGACGGAUCCGAUAUUCUGUUUUUGGUGCUGUAUUUUGUGAAUAUGGGUGUUUGGGUUGCUUUGUUCGUGCUGCUGUUCGCUUUUGGAGAAUGCUCACUGAAGCAAGACGUGCCAGUGAUAGAUGCGUUGGGUUUGGAUGAUGUGAAGCAGAGCGUAGCAGCAGUGGAGAAGAUUUCUUUAGCUCUGAAGACUCUCAGUGAUGUCUAUGUGGUGUCUACCUUCCGUCUGCCUCCCAAACUGGGUGGAGUUCUCCUGGGCCUCUACAACAAGCAGGACAACAAGAAAUAUCUUGAGAUGGCCAUCAUGAGCAAGAUCAACAAAGUUCUGGUCCGGUACGUCCGUGAAGAUGGAAAACUGCACACAGUGAAUAUGCAGACUCUUGUGAAUGUGGCAGACGGACGACCUCAGUCUAUUAUUCUGCGUGUCGGUGGUCUGCGCAGAGAUUACCUGAACCUGGAGCUCUAUGUGAACUGUCGUCUGGCUGACUCCGCCCAGCGGCUCCCCCAAUUGGUUGAUUUGCCUAGAGAUGCAGAAAUGGUGGAGAUUCGUAAUGGCCACAAGGCAUAUGCUCGGAUGCAGGGGUCAGUGGAGUUUCUCAAAGUGGCUCUGGGGGGCACUGUGGCUCAGGCUGGAGCCCUCACUGACUGUCCAUUUCAGGGAGACGCCUCUUCAUAUAACGCAGUGAACGGUGAGGUAAAUUCAAUUCUAGGUGACCACACUAAAGCUCUGAUUGGACAGCUCAUCAUCUUUAAUCAGAUCCUGGGUGAACUGAGACAGGACAUCAGAGAACAGGUGAAAGAAAUGUCUCUCAUCAGGAAUGCUAUUCUGGAGUGUCAGAUGUGUGGAUUUCAUGAGCCGCAGUCUCGUUGUCAACCUAACCCCUGCUUUAAAGGAGUUGCCUGCAUGGAGACAUUUGAUUACCCGGGGUACCGUUGCGGUCCCUGUCCAGAGGGCAUGAAGGGGAACGGCACACACUGUCAAGAUAUAGAUGAGUGUGCAGAGGCUCAACCCUGUUAUACACCAGGUGCAUGUAUUAACACGGCGAAAGGUUUUACCUGUGAGCCUUGCCCACUGGGGCUAUGGGGUCCACCUCUCUCCGGUGUCGGUGUGGAACAUGCCAAGAGCCACCGCCAGGAAUGCUUCGACAUGGAUGAGUGUGUCAAUUUCGAAAACGCCUGCACACCCAACUCCGUCUGCACAAAUUCUAUCGGAUCAUACAGAUGUGGUCAGUGUAAACCCGGGUAUGUCGGGAAUCAGACAGUCGGAUGUCUUCCUCGGAAAUCAUGUGCCUCCCUCAGUUUCAACCCUUGUGACACCAACGCACACUGCAUCAUUCAGCGAAAUGGAGAUGUCACCUGCGCUUGUAAUGUCGGGUGGGCAGGUAAUGGUCACACCUGUGGGAAAGACACAGAUAUUGAUGGCUAUCCAGACCGCUCGCUGCCCUGCAUGGACAACAACAAGCGCUGCAAACAGGAUAACUGCAUGUUCACACCAAACUCUGGUCAGGAAGAUGCAGACAAUGAUGGAAUCGGAGACCAGUGUGACGAGGAUGCAGAUGGAGAUGGAAUAAAAAACGUAGAGGAUAACUGCCGGCUGAUGUCUAAUAAAGACCAGCAGAACUCUGACACGGAUUCCUUUGGCGACGCAUGCGACAACUGUCCUACGGUUCCCAACAUUGACCAGAAAGACACGGAUAAUAACGGAGAGGGAGACGCCUGCGAUGACGACAUCGAUGGAGAUGGAAUCCAGAAUGUGUUGGAUAACUGUCCCAAAGUGCCAAACCCCAUGCAGACCGACCGAGAUGGAGAUGGCGUGGGUGAUGCAUGCGACAGCUGUCCUGAGAUCAGUAAUCCUAUGCAGACUGAUGUUGACAACGACUUAGUGGGCGAUGUUUGUGACACCAAUCAAGAUAAUGAUGGAGACGGACAUCAGGACACUCGAGAUAACUGCCCUGACAUUCCGAACAGCUCUCAGCUUGAUUCGGAUAACGACGGCAUCGGUGACGACUGUGACGAGGAUGAUGAUAACGACGGUGUUCCAGACAACCACGCCAUCAAUGGAAUUGGACCAGAUAACUGCAGACUGAUUUCUAACCCCAACCAGAAAGACUCAGACAGUAAUGGAGUCGGUGAUGUAUGCGAGAAUGACUUUGACAAUGAUGCAGUAUUGGAUUUUAUUGACGUGUGUCCAGAAAGUGCAGAAGUCACACUUACCGAUUUCAGAGCCUAUCAGACAGUGAUAUUGGACCCGGAGGGCGACGCUCAGAUCGACCCGAACUGGGUGGUGCUAAAUCAGGGUAUGGAGAUUGUUCAAACAAUGAAUAGCGACCCGGGUCUGGCAGUGGGUUACACAGCAUUUAACGGGGUGGACUUCGAAGGAACAUUUCACGUUAACACAGUGACCGAUGAUGACUAUGCCGGCUUCAUCUUUGGCUAUCAGGAUUCGUCCAGUUUUUAUGUGGUGAUGUGGAAACAGACGGAGCAGACUUACUGGCAGUCCGUCCCGUUUAGAGCCAUGGCUGAACCGGGAUUACAGCUGAAGGCGGUGAAAUCUCGCACCGGUCCUGGUGAGUUUCUUCGUAAUGCUCUAUGGCACACGGGGCACACAGACGGAGAGGUGAAACUGCUCUGGAAAGACCCACGAAAUGUCGGCUGGCAAGAUAAAACCUCAUACCGCUGGCAUCUCACUCACCGGCCACAGGUCGGCUACAUAAGAGUGAAGCUCUACGAGGGCACAGAAUUGGUAGCUGACUCAGACGUUGUGAUUGACACCACUAUGAGAGGGGGGCGUCUGGGCGUAUUCUGCUUCUCUCAGGAGAACAUCAUCUGGUCUAAUCUGCGGUACCGCUGCAACGAUACCGUUCCGGAGGACUUCAGUCCACACCGUAAACAGGUUCUAAUGCACAUAAAAGUGUGAGGAGAUCGAAACGCCCUCCGUCUCUCUAUAGUGCCCCUGAGACUCAGUAUGGGGCCAUUGAACUCCUGUGUGUGAGAGGUUGAACAAUCAGGACACAAGAGAGAUUUACCCAGUACCUGUGUCAUUCUGAACUGAAACGCCUGGGUGAAAUGAGAGAAAAGACUUUUAUUUUAUAUUUUGCGUGUUAAUGCAGGGGCGGUAUUACGUGUGCUACUGUGAGCGUGUGUAUGCGUGAGAGGGUCCAUUAGGGUGCGUAUGCAAUAACAAUGUUUUUAAAUAAAGGAAUGUUUUUAUACAACAUAA